AUGUCGUCGAGCCUUCCAUCCGAUGAAGUUGCUGAGGACUACAAGAAUUCGCUUGAAGAUCUAACCACCAAUGACAAAUUCCAGAUCAGCAAUUUGACGGUCAUAGCCAAGGAAAACACAGAACAUGCUAUGGCUAUUUCACGAGUUCUGGAGAACCAUAUUAAUACUAAACUGCCUGCUCUCUAUGUAGUCGACUCGAUUGUGAAGAAUGUAGGGACUCCCUACACUCUAUUCCUGGGUCGCAAUCUUUACCAGACAUUUAUGAAUGCGUACACACUGGUCGACGCGCCGACACGCAAGAAGCUAGAUGAGAUGCUCAAGACGUGGAAGGAACCCGUUCCCGGGUCAUUGGAUCCCAGGCCCGUGUUCCCUGUUGAAAUCACACGCAGUAUCGAGAAUGCUCUGAUCAAGGCAAGAACAGCAGCCCUUCAGCAGCAACAGGCAAGAAGUCAACAGCAACAGGAUGUGCUCGGGCGAAACCGUGGUGUUGCAACGCCUCCAGGUUGGACACAUACUCCCACUCCGCCGCGAUAUCCGCCUUCGUCUGGCCCGAAUUAUCCUCCCCAGUAUGGGGCCAACGGCCAUCAUCAAGCCUAUUCGUCUGCUGCCGAAUCGUACCCCCCUAGAUAUUCGCAAACGCCUCAGCAAUUCUCUUCUUCCACGCCUCAGUCUGGUCAGGAGGUUGACCUGGGUGCCCUGCAUCGCGACAUAGAAAGCCUCAUAUCAACCGCUCGAACCGACUUUGCUAAUAACCCUCUUGACGUUGCUGUUCAGCAACGUCUUAAAGCUCUUCUGGAUCUCCAGGGAAUCCUUCAGCGUCAGGAGCUUCCCCAGGACCAACUCAAACUUGUGCGAGACCAGGUGUCCGCCCUGGCACCGGCGUCAAGACCAGUUUCUCAGCCUCCAUCGAAUUUCCCUCAAAAUCUCUCUGCUGUCCCAACUACCGCAGGUCACCCUCAAGCUAUACCCACUCCCCCUACCCAGGCAAUUCCGCAACAGACUCCGCAGCCAAACUUACAGCAAUUAUUAAAUCCUGGAACACUCGCAGAACUGAUCAAGGCGACAGCGAACCGUCAGCAGCCUACUCCACCUCCGGCUGCUAAUAUUCACCCUCAAGUCCAACAGACCAGCACUCCGCAACCUUCUGCUGCAACCCCGGCAACUCCAGAAAGUACUCUUAUCGCAAAUCUUAGAGCUCGGGGACUUCUUCCACCUGUUACCUCCACGCCACCAGCCUCCUCUCCUUUUAACCUUCCCCUCAUCGUGCCUGGUCAAAUUCGAUAUACGCCUCCUGUUUCAAAUCCCCAAGUCUCAACUACGCCAGAUAUCACGAUCAACGUGCAGAUGAGCACUGCAUCUAUCAAAAUCCCUCGUCCCACUCUCAUAACUCAUCUUUACGAAGCAAAGACCAACAAGUGUGGUACCUGUGGUCGCCGUUUCUUUGCCAAUGAAGAGGGGAAGCAAAAGAAAGCACGCCACCUUGAUUGGCAUUUCAGAACAAAUCAGCGAAUGGCCGAGGCUGCUAAGCGCGGACAGAACCGCAGCUGGUACGUGGAUGAAAGGGAUUGGAUUAAAUCACGAGAAUACGAUGACGAUACUGGCCCUGCGGGUACUGUAACCGGCAGUACAGGUGCAGCGGCCGAUAGCGAAGCGGCUAAAAAGAAACCGCAGAAGCAGUGGAUCCGUGCUCCUAACGAUGUUGGGUUGCGGAAUGCUCCCUGUCCGAUUUGUCAAGAGAAGUUUGAGUCCACAUGGUCAGAAGAGGUUCAGGAUUGGAUCUGGCAGGACGCUGUCAAGGUUGGUAAUCGAGUGUACCAUGCCAGCUGCUAUGCCGAAGUCACCAAAGAUGGCCCGGCUUCAGGACGGGGAGGGACGCCUUCUGGACGGACAGGAACUCCUGAUUCAGUGCUGGGAAAGCGCAAGGCAGAGGAUACCGAUUCUCCCGGUCAUAAGGUUCGAAUCAAGACGGAACCUGUAUCGUGA